AUUCAACAAGCAAUCGAUAUUUCUCGAUCAUGUCGAAUUCAUCUUCCUCCAUUUCCAUCUCAAAUGUUCAACUCCAACACAUAACUCAUCUCACAAACUACAAUUCCCAAAUCCAAACCCACACUAACCCACUUGCCUUUAACCCUUUUUUCCGUACUUUCCCCGGAUUCUUCCUUACCUCAUCCGAUAUCGUUCUCCGUCACAACGUUCUAGAUCUUUCCGGAACUUUCCCUUCACCUAAUCCGCCAUUAGCUUACCACAGAGCAGGACCUCGCAAUCAGAUUCUCUUCGAUCCUGCUACUGUACGAGCUUCGAUUGUUACCUGUGGCGGUUUGUGCCCAGGGAUGAAUACGGUAAUUCGGGAAUUGGUAGUUGGGUUGUGGGAAUUGUACGGUGUUCGUGAGAUUUUUGGGAUUAAAGCGGGUUAUCGAGGGUUUUAUAGCUAUGACCCGGUUCGAUUGAAUCCGAAGAUGGUUGAUGAUUGGCAUAAGAGAGGUGGGACUGUGCUUGAAACUUCUAGAGGUGGAUUUGAUUUGAAGAAGAUUGUUGAUGCUAUUCAGAAUCAUGGGUUUAACCAGCUUUACAUCAUAGGAGGAGACGGUACAAUGCGUGGAGCAGUUGAGAUAUUCGAGGAAUUGAAACAAAGAAAAUUGUAUAUAUCAGUGGUCGGAAUCCCUAAGACAGUUGACAAUGAUGUUGGCAUUAUCGACAGAUCAUUCGGGUUCCAAACUGCAGUAGAGAUGGCACAACAAGCGAUUAAUGCCGCUCAUGUAGAAGCAGAGAGUGCAGUAAAUGGGAUAGGGCUGGUGAAGCUUAUGGGCCGCAGUACUGGUCAUAUUGCACUACAUGCAACAUUAAGUAGCCGUGAUGUCGAUUGUUGUUUGAUUCCCGAGAUCGACUUCUACUUGGAAGGUAAGGGAGGGCUAUUCGAAUUUCUCGAAGAUCGGUUGAAGGAGAUGGGGCAUGCAGUGUUGGUAGUAGCCGAGGGUGCAGGACAAGAUAUAAUUCCUAGGACUGAAUCCCAGAAAACAGAAAAGGACGAGUCGGGCAACCCUGUUUUCUUGGACGUUGGAGGGUGGCUGAAGUCCGAACUCAAGAAUUGGUGGAGCAGGGAUCAUCCGAACGAGUUGUUCACGAUAAAAUACAUAGAUCCUACGUACAUGAUACGCGCUGUACCUCCAAACGCAACGGAUAAUUCGUACUGCACGUUGUUGGCACACUCUGCCAUUCACGGAGUUAUGGCAGGGUACACCGGGUUCGUUUGUGGGCCGAUAAAUGGGAACUAUGCAUAUAUUCCAGUUGAUGAAAUUGCCAAAGCAAAGAACAAAGUGGAUACCAGAGAUCAUAAAUGGUCUUGGGUUAGAUCUGUUAGCAAUCAGCCUGAUUUCAUCAGAAGUUAAAAGCUUUUGAAUGAUCUACUUUGGCACUCUCUUUGUCCGCCCGUGACGAUGGUGGUGUCUGGUCAACUUUGUGCGCAUUUUAAUUAUUUCGUCGAAUAUUUGUGAUGCAUCAUAU